AUGACGCUCCGCGCUUUGGCGGUGCGGUGGGGCCUGCUGAACAAGCAUGAGGAGCAUCACGAGCGCGACGAGGACCCCCUGUGGAGGGCGCCUUUGCACAAGGACGCGGACCAUGAGAUUGGCGGGAUGUCGUGCAACGACGACAAGCUGCUGGCGGAGAUGCGCAAGGCCAUCAUGGCAUGGGUAAAGUCCAUGGGGCGGCAGAUACUGGGCGGCAACCUCAACCUCGUGAACUCAUCGUUCCCUGUGCUGAUGUUUGAGCCGCGCAGCUACCUGGAAAAGCUGGCAGACCCGUGGGUCUACCCAGACCUGAUCAACGCGGCAGCUGCGGCCAGCGACCCCCUCGACCGGAUGAAGCUGCUGGUGACGUGGACGGUGGCCGGCAUGCACCGCGGCUUUGAGACGUGGAAGAAGCCCUUCAACCCCAUCCUCGGGGAGACCUGGCAGGCGUCGCUGGAGGGGGGCAUCGACCUGUACAUGGAGCAGCUGAGCCACCACCCGCCGGUCAGCGCGUACGAGCUGGUGGGCCCCGGCGGCAGCUGGCGCUGCUCGGGCUGGAGCCAGCCCGCCGUGGCGCCGGUGGUCAAGUUCUACGGGAUCAAGACCCUGGCCAAGGGGCGGCGGAAAUUCGAGAUGCCUGAUGGGACGUCGAUAGAGUUCUUCAUGCCACACUAUGCCAUUAAAGGGGUGGUGUACGCGGCGCGGCCGCGCGCGGAGGUGCUGGGCGUGCUGCGCAUCGUGGAUGCGGCCAACCAUCUUGAGGCAGUGGUGGCGUUUGGGCCCGUCAAGGGCGCGCGCCACCGGGUGCUGUCGCGCGCCGACGCGGUGUGCGGAGAGAUCUACCGCCUGCCCGGCGGCGUCGCCACCAACGGCACCGCCGCGCCCCGCGGCGGCGUCGGCGGCGGCGCGCACGGCGCGCUGCAGCGCUCGGCGACGGAGGCGCAGCCGCUGAGUGACAUGGCUUUGGACAGCGACGUCGGGUCCCUGCCCAGCGGCGGCAGCGAGGGCGGGGAGGGGGACGACGAGGACGCGGCCAUUUUGGACGCGGUGCUGACAGACACGGCGGCCCCCGACGCCGCCGACCGCCGGACCUCCGGCGCCGGCGGCCCCGGCGCGGCGCCGUCCUCGCCCGCGCCCCCGCGCCGCGAGAGCGCCGCCGGCGAGAAGCGCAAGGCGCGCCGCAGCAGCGUGACGAGCAGCGACGUGGGCGUGAGCGCCGACGGGUCGCGCGCGGGCGCGGCGGCGGGCGACCUCGCGGGCGCCGACGGCAGCGAGGGGGCGACAUACCACCGCAACCACGGGGUGCGCGUGCCCGGCGUCGCCGUCGCGCGGAUCGAGGGCAGCUGGCUGUCGCACCUCAACGUCGACAGCAAGCGCUACUGGACGCUCGCCGAGUCGAAGCCCAAGCCGUGGCUGCCGCCGUCAGCCGGCCGGGUGCUGCCGUCGGACGCGUCGUCGCGCCGGGACCUGCGGACGCUCAAGACCGGCGACUUUGAGGCGGCGCAGAGGGUCAAGGAGGAGAUGGAGGUCGAGCAGCGCGCGGACAGGAAGCUGCGGGAAGCUGCGGGCGUGUACGAGCACCACUGA